AUGUGGCAGGGAUCACACUUAGCCCUUUUGCUCGCUGCAGCGACUAUUUUCACUCCUAAUGUCCAGGCCGUCAACAGCCUUGUGGACUUGGGAUACGCUCAAUUCCAAGGGGCUGUGACUGAUGCCAAGCUGGGAGUGACAACUUGGAAGGGCAUCCAGUAUGCCGCUCCUCCCAUUGGAGAUCUCCGAUUUGCCGCACCAGUCGAUCCCGUUCAAACCGGCUUGGUCAACGCUACUGUCCACGGUCCCAUCUGCCCUCCUCAGCAGCCAAACGACUGGACUGUGUCUAGCAUUAACUCCCGCUUCACUGUCGACGAAGACUGCCUCUAUCUGAGUGUCACAGCUCCAUCCAAUGCCAAGACCGAUUCCAAGCUUCCCGUUGCCUUCUUUCUCCAGGGUGGAGGAUUCGGCUCCAAUUCCAAUGCCAACUGGGAUGCCAGCGAAAUCGCAUCGGAUGGCAACGUCAUUGUGGUGCAGAUGAACUACCGUGUCGGCAUGUACGGCUUCUUGCAGAGCGAUGAGGUUCGCGCGGGCGGUAGCCUCAAUGCUGGUAUUAAGGAUAUGAUCAAGGCUCUUGAUUGGGUUCAAGAAAACAUUGCGAAAUUCGGCGGAAACCCUGAGCAGGUUGUCCUUGACGGUGUAAGCGCUGGCGGUUCGGCUGUCGGUCUCUUGAUGGCUGCCGACACCGGUGGAAAACAACUCUUUGCUGGUGGAAUUGCCGAGUCUGGCGGCUGGGUGACCAUGCGAACUAUGGAGCAGGGCCAGGGCCAAUACGACUGCCUUGUCAAAGAAAAGGGCUGCUCCGACUCCCCCGACUCGCUGUCCUGCCUGCGUGCUCUAAACCAGUCCGCAGUCCGUUCUUCAAGCUGCUGGUUCAAUCCCGGUAUUGACGGAGAACUCUUUACCGACAGCAUGGUGAACCUAUUCAAGCAGGGCAAAUACACCAAGGUCCCUACCAUAUGGGGCUCUUGCGCCCAGGAAGGCACCAUGUACUCUGCUCCGCAGUCCACCAACUCUACCGAGGAGGCAAACACUUGGCUGCACGGCCAAGAUCCCUCUCUGUCUAACGCCUCCCUCACCAUUCUUGAUGAGCUGUAUAUCGACGUGUCUCAAUCGGUAUUUCCCGACUCCGGAGUCAAAUGGCGCCAGACGGCUAACGCCAUCGGUGACAUUGGCAACCAUUGCAUCAUUCGCAACAUCCAGAACUACCUUGCCCGCGAUAAGGUGCCUACAUACAACUAUAUGUACGCUGUACGAGAUCCUAAGUCUGAGGCUGAGGGUUUCGGUGCUUACCAUACCGUGAACACGUACGCAUUCUGGGGUCCCAACCGCACCGAUGGCUCAGCUCCCACAUCGUACUUCGACAUUAACAAACCAAUCAUCUCUCAGUUCCGCAAGUACUGGGUUUCUUUCAUCCGCAACCUGGACCCCAACACCGAUCGUGAGAGGGGUGCCUCCGAGUGGAAUCUCUUUACAGGCCUUCAGGGCCGCGAGAGACUGUUUGUGCAGACUAACAACACCCAUAUGGAGAGGAUGAGCACUUCCCAGGCCCUGCGCUGCGAUGUUGUGAGACCCAUGUCGGAGAACUUAGGGAAGCCGGCUGAUGAGGGCAUUGUUACCGAGUUGGAUGCGGCUUUAGCGGCUGGCAUCAAUAGCACGACGGAAGACACCAAGUUCAAGAAGAGACGCGUUAGACAGUUCUCUCGGUAUCACUAA